GCGACGCGCUGUCGCGGCCGAGUCUGACGUCAUCAGCGUGUCCUGUCCGCCCCCUUCUCGCGCUCAGUCCAGUGAGGCAGCGAUGUCCCGGAGCUCGCGCGACGCAGCAGAAAGCCGCGCGACCUUCAACCGAGGAGGGGUAUAUUUUCAGUGCACGCGCUGUACGGCAAUGCAGGCUUCAUUCCGGCGCGCGCUCGCGCUUCCGUUCACAAAGUUCCCAGCAGCGCGCGCAGAGAAUCAGAGAAUGAGCUCCCAGUAAUUUUAGGGGUCCAAGCACGGACGCAGCUGAAACCUAGAGGAAAACCAUCAAGAUGGCCGCCCGCUUCCUGUUUUUCUUUGACUUCGAUGAGACGCUGAUCGCCGAGAACAGCGACGACUCUGUGGUGCGUGCCGCGCCGUUAAAGAAGCUCCCCGCGUCCCUGAGCGAUAGUUGCCGUCCCGGAUUCUUCUUUAAGCACUCACAGAGAAUCUUGACGUUCCUGAGCGAGUGCGGCGUCACCGAGGACGCCAUCCGGGCAGAAAUCGAGCAAAUCCCGACCUCUCCGGGCGGAGCGGCGCUUCUCGACUUCCUGCUGGCUCGGGACGACUUCGAGUGCGUCGUCGUCUCGGACGCUAACUCGUACUUUAUCGAGACUUGGUUACAGCACCUCGGUGCUCGCAAGCUUUUCGCCAAGGUUUUCACCAACCCGGCAGAAUUCGACAUCAACGGACGCCUCGUCUUGCGCCCUUUCCACUCCCACACGUGCGCCAAGUGCCCAGAGAACAUGUGCAAGCAGGUUGUCCUGAGAGACUACAUGAGCGAAAGGGUGACGGAGCGAGGGGAACCGUUCCAAAAGGUGUUUUAUAUAGGGGACGGAGAAAACGAUGUCUGUCCCACGCUAGCGUUGGGACAACACGACACGGUUUUCCCUCGGAGAGGUUUCCCCAUGCACAGGAUCAUUCAGGAUCUCUGCAAAACGCAGCCGGGCGUGUAUAAACCCUCGCUGAUGCCCUGGGAACGAGGCGAAGACGUGGUGGACUUCCUGAAGGAGAUCUUGCAGGAGAAAUAACCGGCUCGAGCGGAACGAGUGAACGAGUUCAAAAAGAAUAAGGAGGAAGGAAGGAGAUUAAAUGACACACACAGAUACCUAAUACACACACAAACCAGCAGCUGAGACAUGAUUAGCCUUGCAUGAGCCUCGCCAGAAUAUAAAAGGUGCGGAAAGAACCAGAAAAAAGGAGGAGUUCUGAGGACGUUAAACCUCCAACAAUCAAAGGCUAAAGGCUAAUGCAAGGCUAACUUUUAUUAAUGUCUUCCUGAACUCUAUCACACACACACACACACACACACACACACACACACACACACACACUCAUACUGAUAAUACACACAUGAACACUAAUCUAUUUAACACAGACGCAUUCAUACGGAGGCUAGUUCCAAAUGCUCACGCACACAGAGGCUAGUCCCUCUCAAGCUAAUUCCACUUACACACACACACACACACUAGUCUCUUGUGUAUGCUAGUUAUCAGCAUGUGUUGUGCUGUUUGUGUAAAAACACACCAUUUUCUAAAAAAUUUCACACUAAUUAGCGUGUUAUAUAGCUACUACUAUAUGAUCAGAGCAAUUUUUUUAAAACACCAUGUAGGCCACGCCCACAAGCACAAACUACAAGUGAAUAUCACUUGCUAGCGUGAACGUAGGUUUAGAGCCAUAAUAAACAACCAGACGCAGAGUUUUUUUCCUGCUUCCUAAUGGA